AUGCCGAGUUCAUGCAAAGACAUCCGCGCGGCCCUCGCACAAUGCCUCCAAGAAUCCGACUGCGUUAUGAUUCAACGCAACAAGCCCGGAGACUGUCUCCGUCCACCGCUUAUCGACACCAUGCCUACCAAAUGCCAACAGCUUAAGAAGGGACUCGGCGAAUGCAAACGCGGAAUGGUAGACAUGCGCAAGCGGUUCAGAGGAAAUCAGCCGAUUGCUGUAAGUAGGGAGCUAGAGGGUACUGGACCAGCUGGAGGAAGUGCUGGCGGACAGUUGUAUGCAGGGAAGCCGGCGUUUGGGAAUACAGUCAAGGAGACUGCGGGAGAUGAGCCGGAGGUCAGAGAUUGGAGGGAGGUGGAGAAUGAGAAGUUUAGGAAGGGCUUAUGA